AUGAAGCCAUUCAUCUUUGGCACAUGGAAUGUGCGCACCCUACUGGACAACGCACAGGCAAAUAGACCAGAGAGAAGAACCGCACUGGUCGGUCGAGAACUCGCAAGAUAUAAGGUUGACAUUGCUGCCCUUAGUGAGACACGCCUUGCCGAGGAGGGACAGCUCAAGGAGACUGGAGCAGGCUAUACAUUCUUCUGGAGUGGGCGAGCCAAAGACGACCGCCGUGAAGCUGGCUUUGGCUUUGCAGUGAGGAAUGAACUUGUGAACAAAUUGAGCAGCCUCCCCCAAGGUAUCAACGACAGAAUAAUGACCAUGAAACUGACACUCACAGGAAAGAAACAGGCCACGAUCAUCAGUGCCUACGCACCUACCAUGACCAACCCAGACGAUAUAAAGGACCAGUUCUAUGAAAAACUUAAUUCCCUUGUGACAGCUGUGCCAAAAACUGAAAAGUUGAUCAUUCUCGGCGACUUCAAUGCCCGAGUCGGUGUCGACCACCAGUCCUUGGAGAACAUCCUUGGUAAGAAUGGCAUUGGUGGAUGUAACAGCAACGGCCUUCUCCUCCUGCAGCUUUGUGCUGAACACGAACUUCUGGUUACCAAUACAGUGUUCCGUCUCCCUGCCCGUAACAGGACGUCAUGGAUGCACCCCCGCUCUAAGCACUGGCACCUUAUCGACUAUGUCAUCGUCAGGCAAAGGGAUAGACAGGACGUCAGAGUAACCAAGGCCAUGUGUGGUGCAGAGUGUUGGACGGACCAUCGCCUCAUCAUUUCAAAAAUAAACAUCAGGAUACUUCCCAAGCGACGCCCCCAGGGGAAGCCAGCACCCAAACGCCUCAACGUUGUAAGCCUGAAGAAGCAAGCAGUCAGUACAGAGUUAAAAGAGACCCUGGAAGAAAGAGGACAACAAAUUCAGAUAUCUGAUAACGUUGUAGAGAGUUGGGAAGCCUUCCGGGACGAGGUCUAUAGAACAGCCUAUGAGACUAUCGGCCAGACCAAACGCAAGCACCAGGACUGGUUUGAUGAAAACAAUGCCGAAAUAAAUAACCUUCUGGAGGAAAAAUACAGGAUCAAAAGAGUGCUUGAAAACAACAAAUCCCCUGCAAACCAAGCUGCCUACAACAACAUUCGCAGUACAGUCCAGCAGAAACUACGACAAAUGCAGGACUCAUGGUUAAAGCAGAAGGCUGAAGAGAUCCAAAACUACGCUGACAAUAAAGAUAUGAAGGUUUUCUAUGAUGCCAUCAAAACGGUGUAUGGACCUCAACCAGCGAGCUCAUCUUCAUUACUGAGCGCGGACGGACAAAAACUGCUGACAGAGAAGGCCCACAUUCUUGACAGAUGGGCUGAGCACUUUGAUGCUGUCCUAAAUAGGCUCCCCCACAUCAACGAGGAGGCUAUCAACAGACUGCCCCAAAACACCAUCAACCUUAACAUGGGCAACCCUCCAACACUACCGGAACUAGAGAAAGACGUCCAUCAGUUAUCUUCUGGCAAGGCUCCAGGUGCUGAUGCAAUCCCAGCAGAGGUAUACAAGCAUACUGGACCACUGCUGCGCAACAAGUUGAACCAACUGAUAGACGUCAUAUGGGACCAGGAAAUUGCCCCCCAGGAAUUCAAAGAUGCGUCUAUCAUCCACCUUUACAAACGGAAAGGCAACAGACAGGUGUGCGACAAUCACAGAGGCAUCUCUCUCCUCUGCAUAGCUGGAACGUCGGCUCAUCGAUCAUCUUGA